UGCAUCAAACCGUUGCUGCACACAUGCGUGGCGCUAAGACACGCCCACUCGCCGGCAAACGCAACGCCGAUUGGCUGCUAUACAUACCAGCGGCCCUUGCUAUUUCAGGAUUGGCGGAUCCGCGCUUUGCCAUUACGUUAUCCUCUUUUCUACACAUACACAAGGAUGAUAGAAAGAGAAGACGUAAUGGAGUGUUCCUGAUCGUCCUUGCGAUGAAAAUCACUUUAGAAUUCGACAGUUUUCACGGACGGAAGUUGCAAUGAAGGCGGGGGCCUCCUCCAUGUGGGCGUCAUGUUGCGGGCUGCUUAAUGAGGUGAUGGGCACAGGGGCGGUCCGCACCCAGCAGCCAGGCUUUGGAGCCGGAGCCGGGCCGUUCCGCUUCGCCCCAAGUGCUGGUUACUCCACCUACCCACCCAGCAGCACCACCUCAGGAAGCGCAGGCCUGGCAUGCAAAGCUUGCGGACUGGCCUUCUCUGUGUUCAGACGAAAGCACGUUUGCUCGGACUGCAAGAAGAGCUUCUGCUCGCUGUGUUCUGUGCUGCAGGAAAACCUGCGGCGCUGCGCCACCUGCCACCUGCUGUGGGGCACGGCCUUCCAGCGACCCAGGUUAAUGCGACUCCGCGUUAAAGACCUGCGGCAGUACCUCACGCUGCGAAACAUCAACACGGACACAUGCAGGGAGAAAGAGGACCUGGUGGACCUGGUGCUCUGCCAUCUGGGUGCCGAGCUGGAGAUCGGGGAAGAUGAGGAGGAGGAGGAGGAAGAAGAAGAGGAGGCGGUAGCAGACACGGACAGUCUACCAUCACUUCCGCGCGCUCUCUCCACACUGCCUGCUUCCACAGCACGGUCUUCCUCCCAGCAGUCGGUGCUGUCCGUAGCCGCAUCUCAGGGAGAAGCUCUCAGUCGCAGCAAUAGCUCAGGGACAACCAAUCAGGACCAUGGAGAUGCUGCAUCAGUUUCCCUCCUCAACCUGGAGCCUCAUGACGACAUACUGGAGGCGAGCCCAGCGACGCAGAGACGCGCACGUGCCUCCCUCUCGGACCUGUCCCGCGAGGACGACAUCGAGAGCCUGACGGUGCGGCAGCUGAAAGAGAUUCUCGCCCGCAACUUCGUCAACUAUUCAGGCUGCUGUGAGAAAUGGGAGCUGGUGGAGCGGGUCCAUCGUCUUUACAGAGAGAACGAACUCAACAGAAGAUCAAUGGAAAAUGUUAGCAACAGCCUAGCUGCAGUCAUAGCUUACCCUCCUCCUAUAUGCAAUGGAGGUAUCGGAGAUGGUGUGCAAGUAGCUCAGCUGGGCGGCGUUGAUGAGAACCUGUGUCGUAUCUGCAUGGAUGCCGUGAUAGACUGCGUUCUGCUGGAGUGCGGUCACAUGGUCACCUGCACCAAGUGCGGCAAGAGGAUGAACGAGUGCCCCAUCUGCAGGCAGUAUGUGGUGCGGGCAGUGCACGUCUUCAAGUCUUAACCACGAGCAUCACCUCUACUGAAAGACCAGCACACGAGAUGGUUCCUGCUGGACUGAGCAGGCCGGGGCCGUGACUGGAUCAAGAGACUGCCCCUUUAGUUUCACACUGGGUUAAAGUCGUGGAAGCCGGUACUGCGCACACCUUACUUACAGAAUUUCCUGCUGCACAUUUUUAUUUGGUCAUUCAUUGACACUUUUAUGAGUUUCUGUGGAUACUAACCCAGGGAAGAUGGAUUUUAGAGGAAUAAAGUAUAAAAAUAUGAAAGUUUAAA